CCACCGGCGAGCCUUGUGGCCACCUUCUGGGGCCCACUGAAGGGCUCUGGAUCUGACAGCGGCCGGGGGACCCUAGGAGACCCCGAGGAGCCCCAUCCUGGGCGGCGGCAGGCAAACAUAAGCAGGAAGAGAGAUCCUCAUGCAGUCCCAAGGAAAUCACCCAGUGAUGCAUAGACUAUUUUUAAGUGACUUCAUCUUUGACUCCCUGCCGGGAAGUCUCCGAUCUUAAGGUUCAAAAGCUCGAACAAAGGAAAGACCAGCUUUUUGAGCGCAGAGUGACAACGCAGGGCUGUGGCUUCCUAACACAAUUAAAUUCUAGGUGAGCAGAGGCCACAACCGUGGAAAGCAUGGUUUUGCCUGGAAAGUACAAAGUGCCUUUUCCCCGCUUUAUUCAUCAAUAACCCUACAAUUGGAGCUGACACAUCCAGGCUUCAAAGCGAAAGCAAAGAGCUCAGUUUGUGAAUAUUAAGCGGCUUGCCGAGAGAUGGUCUGACCCUUACGUUUCAGCGGCGUCCAGUGGUGACAGAAAAAGGGCCUAACGUUCAUUAGACCCCUUCAGGGCUGGCGGCUCACUGGCCACCUUCUGCGGGCUCUCUCUUCUGAACUUUCAAGGGCCUGUUUUCCAUGCAGACUUCACAUUUCUAGUGGGGAAGAGAUUUCUUCUAAUGAGGAGGCAUUUAUGUCCAUCCAUUUAGUCACCUGCCAUGGGAUGCAGGGCCUGGCUUUGGCUGAAAAGAAGUGUCUGCAAACUAGAUUACUGAGAAACUUUUGAGCCUAGCACAUAGCAUUUCUCCCCGUGUUUGCUUUCCUCUAAAAAUUGGUUCCCCAGGAGCAUAAAAUAGGAGAAGUGAAACUGAUCAUGUUACCCCUUGAUGAGGGGGGAGGAGGAAGCAGAUGGACAGCGCUGUUUAUUGGGCCCUGUUAUCGUACUGGUCACACACAGGGUCUCUGCGCCAUGAAAGGGUUCGCAGCCCUCCUCCUCAUCUGGACUCUGCUGUCCCCCCAGAGAGCUGGCGGGGAGGCCUGGCCCACGCACACAGCCUGCAGGAACGGGAAUCUGCAAGUGCUCUACCAGAGCUGCGACCCAUUGCAAGAUUUUGGCUUUUCUGUCGACCAGUGUUCCAGACAAUUAAAACCAAAUCUCAACAUUAGAUUUGGAAUGGUUCUGAGGGAGGACAUCGAGCAGCUGUUUCUGGACAUCGCGCUCUUCAGUCAAGGACUGUCCAUCCUGAAUUUCUCCUACCCCAUCUGUGAAGUGGAUCUACCCAAGUUUUCUUUCUGUGGAAGAAGGAAAGGAGAGCAGAUUUAUUAUGCCGGCCCUAUCAAUAGUCCUGGAUUUGAAAUUCCCAAGGGGGACUACCAGGUCCUGCUGGAGCUCUACAACCAGGACCAUGCCACUGUGGCCUGCGCCAACGCCACCGUCCUCUAUUCCUGAGCAUCUCGAAGCGCCGUCAGCUGUCCUGUGGCAACAGCAUCUCCUCCCACGGACCCUGCCGAGAGGGAGGACCAGCGGACCACAGAGCAAGCCUCCCGGAAGGGGCUGGUGCUGAUGUCAGCCUCAGGACCAGAGGUCCCCGCACUCCACGGAUGCAACAAAGGCCCCAGAGUAUCCGCCUCCCAGGAGCUCCUGGGGGUCAACCCAGCAGUCUUGAGGGACCGUCUCUCACCCCCGAGUGCUCUCCUGACAAAGCUCACCUCUUUCCUGCUCCUGGGAGGCCAGGAUCAAAUAAAGAAUCUGGCCCACAA